AUGCCUGAGCUUCCUGCAGUUGCGGAAUUUUCCAGCAAUGAAACAAUGGGUCAUUCUGGCGAUAGGCUUGCCGCUGCUUUUGGUAUCUCAAGGAGCGAACAAGAUGACUAUGCCAUUAGGUCACACCAAUUGGCUAAGCAGGCGUUUGAAAAAGGUCUUCUUACUGACAUUGUUCCUGUAAAAGUUCCUUCAAAUCCCGAUGUCAUUAAUAGGGUAAGAAUUUCCUCAUAA